GAAAAUAAAAGUCUACGAUUGAGUAUUAAUUGCAGGUGAUUUUUUAUGGCUCAUGUGCAUGAGUGUAUCAGUGUGGAUUAAAUUGAAUUUGCUCAUGCGGAUAACAAGAUUGCGUUGACGUGGCAUAUGAUAACCGUCUCUGAGUUGACGCCGAAUUUGCCAUGUCAGCAUCACGGUAUGACAUGUCAGCUAGAAACGACGGAAAUGGGAAGUGGAAGUGUGUGAUACUGUUGUUAACACUUGUACUCACAUGCCGGAACAGUCUUUCAAGUGAAAUUAAUUGGUUGCUACAUGAAUUGUCAAAUAUACCAUCAAUUAAUUUCCUUAAAUUCUUUAUCUUCUUCAUUAUUCCAUAUUAAUUAAGGGUCCUUUUGGGGAAUUUACAUUACACCCGUGAUUCUUUUAUAAAUAAACACCGCCGCUGAGAAGAAGCAUUCAAUCAACAAGUACGCUUCUGAAUUUUGUGUUUGUGAGAGUUAGUUAUCAUUUUCACUCUCACAAUCUCAUUUUCACUUAAGCACUUAUUUUUAUAAUUUUCACUUCUUCACUCACUCUCCAUUCUCCAAUGGCGCCAACCAAUCCAACUCCAGUCGACACAGAAAAAGCUACAAACGGCGUACCUCCGGACGACAGAUGUCCAAUAGAAGAAGUAGCUCUAGUCGUUCCGGAAACCGAUGACCCUACCCUUCCGGUGAUGACUUUCCGUUCAUGGUUUCUAGGAUUAACCUCUUGUGUUAUCCUCAUUUUUCUCAACACUUUCUUCACUUUCAGAACUCAACCACUCUCCAUCUCUGCCAUUCUCAUGCAAAUCGCUGUUCUUCCAAUCGGAAAGUUUAUGGCCGCAACUCUUCCGACGAAGGAGUAUAAUUUCAUUGGGUGGCGUUUUACCUUAAAUCCUGGACCUUUCAAUAUGAAGGAGCAUGUUAUUAUAACUAUUUUUGCAAACUGUGGUGUUUCAACUGGUGGUGGUGAUGCUUAUUCCAUUGGUGCCAUUACUAUUAUGAAAGCUUAUUAUAAACAAACUCUCAGUUUUUUCCUUGCCCUGUUAAUCGUCUUAAGCACACAGAUAAUAGGGUAUGGAUGGGCUGGGAUUCUGAGGAGGUAUCUGGUGGACCCUGUUGAAAUGUGGUGGCCAUCAAACCUUGCACAAGUCUCUCUCUUUAGGGCACUCCAUGAAAAAGAGGAGAAGUCAAAAGGCUUUACGAGGAUGCAGUUUUUCCUCAUUGCAAUGGGUGUAAGCUUCUUGUAUUAUGCACUCCCUGGCUAUCUUAUGACAGUCUUAACAUUCUUCUCGUGGAUUUGCUACGCGUGGCCGCAUAAUAUCACAGCACAGCAAAUUGGUUCAGGUUACCAUGGACUUGGAAUUGGUGCCUUCACACUUGAUUGGGCUGGAAUUUCAGCUUAUCAUGGAAGCCCUCUUGUUGCACCAUGGUCAUCUAUUGUUAAUGUUGGGGUUGGAUUUAUCAUGUUCAUCUAUAUAAUUCUACCUAUAUGUUACUGGAAGUAUAACACCUUUGAUGCUAGGAAGUUUCCAAUAUUUUCUAAUCAGUUGUUCACACACAGUGGACAAAAAUAUGACACUACUAAGAUCUUAACCAAGGACUAUGACCUUAACAUUGAUGCAUACAACAAAUAUGGCAAGUUGUACCUUAGUCCUCUCUUCGCAUUAUCUAUUGGAUCAGGUUUCGCAAGAUUUACUGCAACCCUCACUCAUGUAGCAUUGUUCCAUGGCAGAGACAUAUUGAGACAGAGCAAGUCAGCAAUAGGUAAUGCAAAAGUGGAUGUGCAUGGUAGACUGAUGAAGGCUUAUAAGAAAGUACCAGAAUGGUGGUUCCAAGUUUUAUUGUUUGGGAGCAUGGCAGUAUCGGUAAUAAUGGCUCUUGUGUGGAAAACAGAUGUGCAACUUCCAUGGUGGGGUAUGCUCUUUGCUUUUGCCUUAGCUUUUGUUGUAACCCUCCCAAUUGGUGUCAUUCAAGCAACUACCAACCAGCAACCUGGAUAUGACAUUAUAGCACAGUUCAUGAUUGGAUAUAUCCUUCCUGGAAAACCAAUCGCAAACUUGCUCUUUAAGAUUUAUGGGAGAAUCAGCACUGUCCAUGCUCUAUCUUUCUUGUCAGAUCUCAAACUUGGACACUAUAUGAAAAUUCCCCCGCGAUGCAUGUAUACAGCACAGUUGGUGGGAACUCUAGUUGCUGGAGUGGUGAACCUUUCAGUGGCUUGGUGGAUGUUGGAUAACAUUAAGGACAUUUGCAUGGACGAUAAAGCUCACCAUGACAGUCCUUGGACUUGCCCUAAAUACAGAGUGACAUUUGAUGCAUCUGUUAUAUGGGGUUUGAUCGGACCAAGGAGGCUAUUUGGACCCGGUGGAUUGUACCGAAACCUAGUAUGGUUAUUCUUGAUUGGAGCUGUGUUGCCAGUUCCUGUUUGGGUAUUUAGCAAAAUCUACCCUGACAAGAAAUGGAUUCCUCUGAUCAACAUACCGGUUAUAUCUUACGGUUUCGCUGGAAUGCCACCUGCAACUCCUACUAACAUUGCAAGCUGGCUAUUGACUGGAAUGAUCUUCAAUUACUUUGUGUUCCGCUUCCACAAACGUUGGUGGCAGAAAUAUAAUUAUGUUCUAUCGGCGGCACUUGAUGCAGGCACAGCUUUUAUGGGUGUUUUGAUUUUCUUUGCUCUGCAGAAUGCAGGCCAUAGUCUCAAAUGGUGGGGAACUGAAUUGGACCAUUGCCCAUUGGCUACUUGCCCAACUGCCCCAGGAAUUAUGGUUGAUGGUUGUCCUGUAUUCUAAAACUGUAUUCUAAAAGAGAAGCUUAAUUGUCUUAGCUUUUCUUCUGUUUUUGUUUUUAGGGGUGGGGACCAAGUUAGGCUCGGAGUAUAGGUGAAGGAACUGAAUCAAUAACCAAUUGCUUAGCAAUUAUUGUGUACAUGCUUGCUUGUUAUGGUGGAGGGUUUUCCUUUUUGUCUUUUUUUACCUGCCCUAUUUAUUAGAUAUGCAGUUAAUUGGUAAUGGAACAAAGUUUUGAUUUCUGGUA